AUGGACUCGAUUACUCGCCCUCGGACGCUCUACGAGAAGAUCUUCGAUGCUCAUGUCGUCGCUGAGCGCGACGAUGGUACCGUGUUACUCUAUAUCGACCGACAUCUCAUCCAUGAAGUCACUUCACCCCAGGCUUUUGAAGGGCUCGACAACCACGGUCGCUCCGUACGCUGCCCUGAGCUAAUACUCGCCACAUCCGAUCACAAUGUUCCUACAUCAGAACGGCCACAGAACGUGAAGACGUCAACAUAUCUCACACGCGAAGACUCCCGUAUCCAAGUCCAGAAGCUGGAGCAAAAUGUCAAGCGCCAUCGCAUUCCCUACUUCGGGCUACGGUCGAAGAGGCAGGGUAUCGUUCAUGUCAUCGGGCCAGAGCUUGGCUUCACCCUACCCGGGACGACCAUCGUUUGCGGAGAUAGCCACACCAGCACCCACGGAGCUUUUGGAGCCCUCGCCCAUGGCAUCGGUACCAGCGAGGUGGAGCAUGUAUUAACUACCCAGACGCUUGUGGCUACUAAGAGCCGUAACAUGAGCGUUGUAGUUCAUGGCCAUCUUGCCUCUGGAGUGACAUCCAAGGAUCUCAUGCUACACAUUAUUGGCACCAUCGGGACUGCCGGUGGAACCGGCUCGGUGAUCGAGUUCAGCGGGCCAGUCAUCGAGACUCUUAGCAUGGAGAGCCGCAUGUCACUCUGCAACAUGUCCAUCGAGGCCGGUGCAAGGGCGGGCCUCAUUGCUCCGGACGAGAAAACUUUCGCUUACAUCAAAGGGCGGGAGAUGGCACCGAACAAAACCUGGGCCACCGCGGAAACCUAUUGGAAGACGCUCCGGACUGACCCGGGCGCUGCGUUCGACAAACUCGUGCACGUCAAUGCCGACGCUGUCUUGCCAACAGUCACUUGGGGUACAUCGCCUGAGCAGGUCGUACCGAUUAAUGGUGUUGUGCCCGCUCCCAACGAGUUCACGGACUCAGUCAAGAAAGAGAGUUGUCGUCAGGCUUUGGCUUAUAUGGGCCUCAUUCCUGGAACCCGCAUCGAAGAUGUGCAUGUGGACAAGGUCUUUAUCGGCUCUUGUACGAACGCCCGCAUAGAAGAUUUUCGCGCGGCUGCUCAGAUUCUGAAAGGACAGACUAUCGCACGCAACGUCAAGUUAGCCCUAGCCGUUCCAGGAUCAGGCCUAGUAAAGCGUGCUGCUGAGGACGAAGGGAUCGAUGUCAUCUUCAAACGAGCUGGUUUCCAAUGGAGAGAGGCUGGAUGUAGUCUCUGUGUGGGCUUGAACGAGGACUCUCUUGCACCGACAGAGCGAUGUGCCAGUACAAGCAAUCGCAAUUUCGAAAGUCGCCAAGGUACAGCCGGUAGAACACAUCUGGUUUCGCCGGUAGUCGCUGCUGCCACGGCGAUUAAAGGCACCUUGGCUGCACCAUCGCAGGUUGUGGAACCCGCCCAUCCUACGUCGCGCUUGCAGCACGUCAGUGUUGACGUUGAAGCUGUGUACUCAAGUGAUAGUGAAACACUGUCGGACGAAGACCAUUCCUCUCAAUCUUCUCUUAUAUCCUCAUCGUCAGAACAUUCUGGUUCUCCAAGUAAAGUAAAGCGCGUGUGGUCGGCCGUUAAAAAACACGUCAAAGAACACCAUGACAGCCUGAACCAGGCUUAUUCCGUGUACUAUGGUCAGGGCGCCGGGAGACGAAGCUCCGCAUUAUCCAGUUCUGAACACUCGGAGCAUACAGCAAAGCACGCUACUGAUUUGCGCUUCGAAGACGACAUCCAGGGAACUGUAGCCACUAUCGAGCGAGCAAACAUAAACACGGACGAUAUCUUUCCGAAGCAGUAUUGCACAACGAUAACGCGCACUGGCCUAGGCCACGCCUUAUUCUUCAAUUUCCGAUACAAUCCGGACGGAAGCGUUAAACCGGAUUUCGUGUUGAACCGCCCUGAAUCUCGCAAUGCAUCAAUCCUUAUGGCGACAGGCCCCAACUUCGGAUGUGGCAGCUCUCGGGAACAUGCCGUGUGGUCGUUGCAAGAUUUCGGUUUUCGUUGCGUGAUCGCUCCGAGCUUCGCAGACAUAUUCUAUAACAAUGCUUUCAAGAACGGUCUGCUACUGGCCCAGGUCAAGGCGGAUGUCGUAGAGCGCAUUGCCACUGAAUCAAAUGCGGGACACGUUAUCAGAAUCAGCCUCCGCGAACAAGCUAUACGAACAGAGAGCGGCGUUAGAAUUGGUCAUUUCGAGAUUCCGGAGCGUCGCAAGCAAGAGUUGCUCAGUGGUAUUGGCGAGAUCGAGGCGAGUCUCGCAUUUGAAACGCAGAUUAAACUUUUCGAGGAUCUCAGACGUCAAUUAUCACCGUGGUACGAAGAAGGCGUUCGUCUGCGGGCAGCCGCGCGACGACGUCCAUUACCGCUGAGCCAAAGCAGCCCUUCCGCGGAUCAUCGUGGACCAGAAGCACUCGUUUGGUAG